UGGCCAAUCGUAACCACCGCGCUUGCCGAAAAUCGGCACGAGCUUGUGCUCUCUGGUUCGGACAUAACAAAUCUUCUGUCGCAAAAUGGCUUUGACGAGCGUGUCUAUGAGCUGGCAAAGCUUAACUUCUUGGAAAUUUCACAAACCAGUUUGAGCAAUUUAUCUGAGAAAAUCAGUAAACUAAAAUGUUUGACUCAGCUGUGUCUGACUUCCAACCGAUUAACUGAUUUACCGGAUUCAAUGGGACAACUGCGCACUCUGAAGUUCCUGGAUCUUUCGUUCAAUCAACUGAGUGAGCUACCCAGUUCGAUGUUCCACUGUUUGGAUAACUUAACAAGCCUUAAUUUGUCCGGCAACAAUUUGAAGCAAAUUCCCUCUGUCGGUAAGUUGCAAGCGCUACAAGAAUUGUUGGCAUCAAAAAAUAACCUCGAGAAUUUGCCUGACGGAAUACAAUCACUGUCGGCUCUUGCAGUGUUGGAUUGUUCUCACAACCAACUUUCAGCAUUGCCGGAUGAUCUACACAAUGUGAAUAACCUAAAAACCGCGGAUUUCUCGGACAACAUGUUACCUCUUCUUCCUACCAGUUUGCAUCGAUGCAAAAAGCUGCAUCUACUUAAAGUUCAGAAUAACCCAAUAAAGGAUACGCGUUUACGUAAACUGGCCAAUGAUCCAAAAGCAACUAAACCGUUGUUGGAAUACUUGCGGCGUCUUGACGAACCCACCGGCAAGGGGAAAAAGAAUCGAGUCAAAAAUAACUCAACUACUCAAGAAUUUGAGCCCAAUCAAUGUCCAGGUGCCGCCAGCAAUGAACCAGGUCCGGACCAUGUCCAGGCCACGAUGGAUGCACCAUCAGAGCCCACGGUCUCACAUCCCCAUAUAGUCAUUCAACGCCCGGAUGACAGCGAGUUGUAUCGCGUUUCUCAAACCGGCACAGUCAAAGAUGGUCCACGACCUUAUUUGGUCAUGUGCACGGUGCACGGGGUGGUAUUCAAGUCGGAAGCCCAGCUGAAAGCUUUUCUCCGUGCCCAGGAGGAAUGGCAUAAGGAAAUUGGUCAGCUGCGUCGUCGUGCCACUCUAGCCACUCAUGACUUGGAUACUGUCCAAUUCCCAUUAGUAUAUACUAUGCGCCAAUCCGAACAAAUUCAGUUCCAUGUGCUGAACAAUAAUGAUGCAACCACCGGUGAUCGAUUUCUAACCCGUUUGUAUCAUGAUGCUGAGGCAGAUAGAAAAACGCGUAAGCAGGCCAAAUUCAGUCAGCUUUAUCGAUACCUUAACACGCUAAAUUUGGACCCCACUGAGGCACGUGAUGGGUUCCGUCAACACAUGUUGCCUGUGGUGGAGGAUGCCCGAGGAAUAGUAAUCUCAUUGCCGCCAUUAUCCAAUUGCCAUCAAACACGUGUGAGUUUAGUGAAUCACUGA